CUGCGGCGACGGCGACUGCAGCUGGCCAGAGGCCCGUAGUGCUUGCAGCAAGAAGCGGUCGGGGUCGGCGUGCUUGGGUCGCGUCGGUGAGUGGCGGAACGUGCCCAGAGACCUGGGUUCCCGCGAGCAGCUCAGGGCAGCGCUCGGAAAGUUAAGCUGAAACCAUCGCUCAACCCCUAAGAUGGUGCCAUCCAAAUUGCGUGCAUUAUUCUGCCUCUGCAGCUGCCUCACACUGGUUCAUCCUUUUGUCUGGCAAGACCUAAAUCCUGCUGCCCAGAUGAAAUCACCAGCAUGGCUCCAUAAAAUAAAAGCUUUGAUGGCUGCUGCGAGCUUUGGCCAAACUAAAAUUCCCAGAGGAAGUGGAUCUUAUUCUGUUGGUUGUACAGACUUGAUGUUUGACUACACCAAUAAGGGCAGCUUCUUGCGUCUGUAUUAUCCAUCCCAAGAUGAUGACCACCAUGAUACUCCUUGGAUCCCAAACGAAGAAUACUUUUUAGGUCUUAGUAAAGUUCUUGGAACACACAGUGUUAUGGCCAAAUUUUUGAGCUUAUUCUUUGGCUCAAUGACAACUCCAGCAAAGUGGAAUUCCCCUCUGAGGACUGGUGAAAAAUAUCCACUAAUUGUUUUUUCUCAUGGUCUUGGAGCAUUCAGGACAAUUUAUUCUGCUAUUGGCAAUGACCUCGCAUCUCACGGGUUUAUAGUUGCUGCCAUAGAACACAGAGAUGGAUCUGCAUCUGCAACUUACUAUUUCAAGGACGAGUCUGCUGCAGUGAAAGGGAACAAGUCUUGGCUCUAUUUUAAAACCCUAAAACGAGAUGAGGAGGAGGCAGCUGUACGAAAUGAGCAGGUACGGCAAAGAGCAAAAGAGUGUUCCCAGGCACUCAAUUUGAUUCUUGACCUUGAUCAUGGAAGGCCAAUCAAGAAUGCAUUAGAUUUAGAGUUUGAUGUGAAACAACUGAAGGACUCUAUUGACAGGAAUAAAGUAGCAAUGAUUGGACAUUCUUUUGGUGGAGCAACAGUUAUUCAGGCUCUUAGUGAAGACCAGAGAUUCAGAUGUGGUAUUGCCUUGGAUGCAUGGAUGUUUCCACUCGGUGAUGAAGUUUAUUCCAGAAUUCCUCAACCCCUCUUUUUUAUCAACUCUGAACAAUUCCAGUUUCCUGCUAAUAUCAUAAAAAUAAAAAAAUUAUAUUUACCUGAUAGAGAAAGAAAAAUGAUUACAAUCAGGGGUUCAGUCCAUCAGAAUUUUGAUGACUUCACUUUUGCAACUGGCCAAGUAAUUGGAUGCAUAUUCAAAUUAAAAGGAGAUAUAGAUUCAAAUGUAGCUCUUGAUCUUAGCAACAAAGCCUCAUUAGCAUUCUUACAAAAGCAUUUAGGACUUCAGAAAGAUUUUGAUCAGUGGGACUCUUUGAUUGAAGGAGAAGAUGAAAACCUUAUUCCAGGGACCAACAUUAACACAACCUACCAACACAUCACUACUCUACAGAACUCUACAGGAAUAGGGAAAUAGAAUUUAGGAGACUUUAAAUAAAAGUUUUGUUUUAAAACUGUCUAAAAGAGUAAACGUGUGUGUGUGUGUGUGUGUGUAUACAUAUAUAUAUAUAUGUAUACACAUAUAUAUAUGUACACACACACAUAUAUAUGUUUUUAAAUGUAGUUCCCCAAAUAACAUAUUAAAAAAUGUAGGCUAUACCAUAAUAGUGAUCGAAGCUUGGAUUCAGAUUUUUUUCUUUGAAUGUAAAGAAAUAAUGUACUAUACAAAAAUCAUACCAGCCUAAAUUAAUUUUACUAAGAUGAUAAUUUUUAGUAUCAAAUUAAAAACUGCUUUUACAUUAUGAAUUUUAAUGGAAAAGUAUAUUAACACAGGCACAAUGCCAAUGAAAACAUGUAAUAACGAGGCUCCCUAAAAAUACAAUAAAAACAGAAAUUUUCUUGCAGCAUGGUUCUCUAGGUAGAAUUUAUAUUUGGCAGCACACCCCUUUGUGUUUUGGUCCUGGUAAGAAAAAUUAGAUCAAGUAGAUAACAAAGUCCUUGUUUUACCAUAGGAUUUGUGAUACUAUAUAUUAAUAGUCUCAGUAUGAAGACUAAAUGGGGAGUGGACAAGAGACAGAAUAUUGGAGACAGGGCAAAGGCAGCUGAUUAAAGGCAGAAAGUUGAUAUUUUAUUUGCAUAUUUUAAUGCUAUAUCUGAUGCAUUCUACU